GAGAUCUUGUCCAGAAUGAAUGGUGGUGGUGGUGGUGGUAGUGGUAACUCCAGAGGGAAGAAAAUGCUGUCAAUCCAGCUCCAUUUGGUCCUCCUGCUGCAGGUCCUCUCGCCACUGAAGGCCAUUGAGUGGACACUGCCGGAUGUGAUUGAUUCCAUUGGCAAUGUGGGCGCCACCAUUGUGGAUCCCAGUAUGCUGCCCACGCCCCAGGGACUCCUGGAUGGAUCCAAGCAGCUCAUUGCCGGCUAUCCCUUUGAGUUUGUCUCCAGUUCGCUGAGUGUGAUUUGCUCUCAGGCCUUGGCCUCCAACAAGAUCAAAUCGAAGUUUACCCCAGACAUCAAGCUGAUGAACUUCCAACUGCAAACGGCCUGCACCAAAGUCAAUUUCCCUCUGACCAAUCCGGAGGCCAUGUGGAGGAGUCCCCUGUUUGAUCCCAAGAAGAAGGUGGUCAUCCUGGCCACGGGUUGGACCACCACAGUGAAUGGCUCCGAUACCAUCGAUGUCUUCUCAAAGGCCUACAACUGUCGCGGCGAUGUCAACUUUGUGGCCGUGGAUGCUGCCCGCUUUGUGGAUACCCUGUACACCUGGUCCGCCUUCAACACGGAGGAAAUUGGCGAGAACAUAGCCCGGGGCCUGGUGAAGCUGCUGGACCUUGUGCCCGUGUCAAAUAUCCAUCUGAUUGGCCAUAGUCUGGGCGCUCAUAUCGUGGGCUCCGCCGGCCGACAUCUGCAUCGUCUCACUGGCAAAACGAUACCCCGAAUCACUGGCCUGGAUCCCGCCAAGCCGUGCUUCAACGAAGGCGAAGUCCUAUCUGGAUUGCUGCGCGGCGAUGCCGAGUUUAUCGAUGUAAUCCACAGCAAUCCCGGAGUGCUGGGCAAGCGGGAUCCCCUCGGCGAUGUGGACUUCUAUCCGGGCGGAUUGGAUCCACUGCCAACGGGCUGCUUAUCGGUGGUCUGUGCCCAUGCCAGGUCCUGGCAGUACUACGCAGAGACCGUGUAUCCGGGCAAUGAGCGCAAUUUCCUGGCCACCCGCUGCAGCUCUCUGAGCCGCCUGCGGGACUUCCGCUGUUCCGGCAAUGAGGUGCCCAUGGGCUAUGCCGUGCCAAAUAACAUCAAGGGCAACUUUUUCCUGGAGGUUAGUGCCACCUCGCCCUUUGGCAUCCAUGCCUCCAUUGUGCGUUCGUCCCGCCUGGAGGACUGCGGCGCCUGUACCACCGGCAGCUCCAGCACCACCGCCCAACCGAUCACCUCGACCACGCGCAAGUCAUUGUCCCUGUUUGGUCUUGGCUAGAGUAUGGCUGUUUCUUAUUAUUUGUUUUUCUUUCCCCCGAUUUAUAUAUAUUUAUAUACCUAAAAUCCGUGUUUAAGGCUCUCCAUUAGCUCCAGCGAUAGGAAGACGCCUCUGAUAAGGGAGACCCUAGAAUGUGAUACUGAGGGAUUUAAAGAGUUAGGAAAGGCUGGCACACACACAUUUACUUAUUAACUUCAAAGAAAAUAACAAUAAACUUAUAAAUUAAAUUGUA